CGCUGGGUCCUUGUCGCCGCGCCAUGAGUCCCUGCUGGGGGGGCACCCCCGCAGUGCUGCGCCUCCUCGGCGGGUUGACCCUGUUGCUGCUGCUGCUGUGUCCCCACGCUGCGCGGGGUGACUGCAGCCUCCCCCCAGAUAUACCUAAUGCUCAACCAGAUUUGAAAGGUCUUACAAGUUUUCCUAAUAAAAAAGUAGUAACAUACAAAUGCAAUAAAGGCUUUGUAAAAGUUCCUGGCGAGCCAGACUCAGUGAUCUGUCUUGAGAACGUAUGGUCAUCAAUAAAAGAAUUUUGUAAUCGUAGUUGCAACGUUCCAACCAGACUACUUUUUGCAACUCUCAAAAAGCCUUAUAAUACACAGAAUUAUUUUCCAUCGGGUUCUGUUGUAGAAUAUGAGUGUCGUUUGGGCUUCAAAAGGGACCAUUCUCUAUCAGGAAACCUAACUUGCCUUCAGAAUUUUACGUGGUCCAAAUCAGAUGAAUUUUGUAAAAAAAAAUCAUGUCCUAAUCCUGGAAAAAUAAUAAAUGGUAAUGUCAUAGUAAAAACUGACAUAUUAUAUGGCUCAUCCAUCAGCUUCUCAUGUAACACAGGGUACAAAUUAGUUGGUUCAGCUCUUAGUGCCUGUGUUCUUAAGGGGACUAGCACUGAUUGGAGUCAUCCAUUGCCAGAGUGCAAAGAAAGUUCUCCAAUUUCCAAACCCACAUCAACUCCUCAGAAACCCACCACAACAGAUGUCCCAGGUACCAAACCUCCAUCAACUCCUCAGAAAAGCACCACAGUAAAUGUUUCAGCUACUGAAGGUUCAUCAACUCCUCAGAAACCCACCACAACAGAUGUUCCAGCAACACAGGGUCCAGCUGUUGCCAAAACAACCACGUCCGUUCAUUCACGUAGCACCUCUAAAGGAAGUGGAACCAUUUCUGCAGGAACUAGCUUCAUUGCAUCUGGACACACAUUUAUAACAUUGACAGUUUUGCUUAUGGCGCUAGUAGCCAUGGCUACCUGAUUUAGCCAAAGAAGAGAUAAGAAGAAAGUGCACACAAGUACACAGAAUAUUUCUAGCUUCUUAUAAGUUUCUGGAAGCGUGGACACAAUAGAUGCAGUAGUAGUCUUCAUUUUGCAUGUUAUCGGUGUCUUUAAAGUGCAUAAGUAUGUCAAUGAAGUAAGAAGAAAUGAAUCUGUCCUGGAAUCACAUUCUCAACACUUCUAAGCCUCUUGAAAAUAGAACAACUCACAAGCCUGAGAGUGAUUACUUUUCCGAAAGUAUAGGGAAGUGUAGAGAUUGGUUCAUGCUUAGAAGGUGAGAAUGAAGAAACGAAAAUGUGAUUAUUUCCAUUAGGUUUGUAAUGUUAUCUUUACUUACAAAAAUAUUAAAAAUGAAAAAUCUUACUUGGAUAUCGAAAGCAAACCAAAAAGAUAUUGCCCAGUCUCUUCUGAGCAAAAUUGCUUGAAAGAUGAACCACGUUAUAAAAUUACCCUUCUUGACUCUGAGACAUUUUUAUCUUUCCUUAUUUCACUAAAAUAAGUUUGAAUGGGUUGGCAAAAUAUUUUAAAUGAAAAGCACGUUAAUAACCCAGAGUGUCGAGUUUCUUGGGUUAGUUGGUGGCAAGGGAGAAGUGUAGAAUGAAAGAAUAAUUCUCUCUUUGUCACAUAAGUACAGAUAAUUAACAAGAAGUUAGCCCCUUAUUUGUAAGAUGAAUCAAUGACCAUUUUAAUUUUGUUCUUAGGACAAUCUUUUUUUUUUUUUGUAAAAUAAUC